AUGGAAAACUUUAAUGAAUACUGGGAGCUGUUUGUAGAUAGGAAAGAUUCAAUAGCAAAGGAAAUAAUAGCGUACUACAAAACUCUGGACGAUCACGAAGAUGGUACGGAGCUUUCCGAGCAAUGUCGCAAAUUUUUGCGCAAAAACAUGAUCCAAACGCCGUACCCAACAUGCCAACUUCUAAAGCUGCUGGCUAUGUCGAAAAUAUCGACCAAAAAUAGCAUUAUCUACGAGAUUGCAACGGCAGCAGUGUUGGAAGCUUUGGAGCAGCAAGAUCAGCAAGUCGAUCGCAGCAAGUGCUACAACAUCCUGGCCAAUAGUUUGAUAUCUGCUAAAGCUACAAGCAGCUUAAAAAUGUGCGUGCUGAAAGCGUUGGAGCGCAAAACGUUGGAUCUUGAAAUGGUGAUGCUAGCGAUUUUUUCAAGGAAAAGUGUCAAAUUCAUGGUGCACCUGCUUCCCGAGUUAGUGGUACCGCUGCAACAGCAACAAGCGUGGGAUGCAUUCGAAGGAAAGCGACACUUUUUCAAUGGGUUGCUUGACAGAAACGCGAUCUCGUUCUAUGUGCACCACACAAACUACAUACAGUUCAUUGAACAGGUAUGGAUGGCAAACAGAGGUGUUGGUAAGUUUUCAUCCGCUGUGGAACAGAUCGCUCCCUUGCCGAUUGAUCAAUCGUAUCUUACUGCCUAUCUGCUGGAAAUGCAGCGUUGCUAUUUGAUACACAGUGUGCUAAAUUUUGAUGAAGCCCUACUACCACCGAAAGACCUUUCCCAACAUGCAACCGUGAUGAGUAUGAUGCUGCGUGCCAAAGUGGAUCUAAAUGAGGCCGAUUUUGCAAAGCUAGCUGCUGUGAUAAGAACGAAUCGGACAUUAAACGAACAGAUAAUGGGCCUGACCGGCGAAGCUUCUGCCAUGGAAAGUUCUGAGGUGAUGGCGUUGUUGCAAAUGCAGUCAAUAUUUAUGCUCUACAAAGCAAUAGAGACGGUCGCUGCGUCACCGGAAAGUGCGCUUAUCGCUACGACCAAUCUCGACACACAGCUAAAGUGUCAUCUCAAAGAAAUGGACAUGGAAACGUUCAUGAACACGAUGGAAUCGAUCUUUACGAUGCUCUUUGUGCGGGGCGAACUGACUUCCACCGAAGCAAGUGCGACUGAGCGGAAAAAUUUCCUGUGCAGCGUCCCGCUGCUAGCAACCUUAACGGCCAGCAUGAAAUCGAUCAUGAUAGCCAGGAAACAUUCGGCCACCUAUCAUGAGGCAAGCGAAACGUUGAAGCAACGCUUUCAAACGCUCUUUGAUCUUGUCGCCGAUGUGUGCUGGCGCUUAUCACUGCUAGAAGAGCAGGCCGCACCUUCCGAAGGGACCUCACUUGACCCGAAAUGUGCCCGUCCGCUGCAUCUUAUCGAUAUGCCACCAGUACCGACAACGCUGACGCACAUUACCGAAAACUACUGUGAAUCAUCUUCGGCAGGCAGUGGAAAGUUGUUCCGCAGCGUUGAAUCGAUCGCUGCCAUUGACGUUGCCAGUGGUCAACGGCAUCGAUAUGGGUACUACGGAACGCUACCGAGACAUAAAUCUUCUCGCCGCCAAACCCGUCAAUCCCAGGCAGCAACCGUAUCGAGCAAUUCGGGAGGUAGCAAUAAGGAUCUGCAAAGGCAAGGAUCGUUGUCAGUCGAUACGAAAACCGAAUCGAUCGCGUAUAAUAAUCGUCACGCAGCGGAGGGCGAUCUUGCUGGUGGCAGCAUGCGCAGCAUUUCAUUGAACAAGACAAACUUCACGAAGCUGUUUGCAACGCCCGAAACACUGGCCAUCGUUUGCCUUACCAAUAGCAAGAUGAACUUUGCGAAACAAAUUAUCGAAACGCACAACCUGCAGGAUCAGCCCGUCGGCAAGCUCGUGGAACGCAUUGAACAGAUGCAAACGCUCAAGAAUGAUUUGACGACGCUAAUCAGAAAGAGCGAGCAGAAGCAAGAAAUGGCAAUGGCAUUCGGUGGUACUCAAUCGAGCGACAGCAAUAGUGACGUGCUGUUGGACGAUAUACGGCUCAAAACGGCAAUGGGGUUUGAGAUUUCCAAAGUAUUAAGCACGCUCGAAACAUUUCUAAAGUCUCAACCCGUCCGCACCGAGGAUGUUCUUGCGCCGAUGGAUCGAUUCGUAUCCCGGUACCCCUUUCUAGGUAUUCUUACCGGGAAAAAUUUACAGCUCAGCCAGGUCGUAGACAUCAUCCUUAAUUUACCGUUCAACUACGAGCUGAAUCUCGCCAUUUACAACUUUUUGCUGAAAAACUCACACCACAUGCCGAACGUGGGCGCGGGUAUGAUGUCCGCCAGCAUUGCGGGCCAUGGCGGUGAGGCGUCACAGUGGAUUGGUAAUUACGUUUCCUUUUUCGGCACAAUCAUGGACACGCUCCAGAUCGCGCACAAGACAGCGCGGGCAAGAUUGAACUCGGCGGACUUUAAGCUUACCAUUGGUGAGCUGCUAUCGCGUGAAGUGUGCCCGCUGGACACGGUGGAAAAUGGAAUAGUGUUGAAGAGACGGGCACGGUUCUACAGCAUGGUUGAGCGGUGUGACGAGUUGGAGGAUGCGGAAAAUCGGGAACGAACUUUCGCACUGCUCACGGACAGUGGGUCUGCCUCGUUGGCUAAAGUGAAGCUGUAUUUGGAACAUCUGACAAAGUUACUGCAAUCGCUGCUGCUAUCCACCGCCAAUGAAGACGCCGGUGAUCGCGAUCUUACCAAAGUGAACAAUCUCAUUCAAACAGACGUGCAGAGGCUGAUGUUGGAACGAACGGCUGAAAAGCGCACCUCAUUUGCCGCCCUCGACACGCUCGGCAGUAUGCUGGGAAUCAAUCUGGUCCAAACGAUAGGAAAAAGGAUUCUCGCACCGAGAGUUGAAGCUGCUGGCACGUUUGAAAACAUGGACGGCAUGUGGGAAUUUAUUGCAAGCAAAAGUGACCUUUUGUGCCAGUUGUGUGCGGCUGAAGCAGACUGUUUCAAGCCGAUUACCAACUCUCACUCUCUGAUCGGUAGCUACAGCGCACUGUUGCGGGUCGGUGGUGAUCUAAAAGAUUUGCCAAACGGAUGUAGCUAUGUUCGGGCUUCCACUCCACUUGGCCCUCAGACGGAACUGUUCCCACUGGCGGCUAACCGACCUUGCUGUAUGUUACAGCAAAAGAAAGGAACAUACUACACGAAGGUAGAAUCUGUCAUGCUGCAAAUGGAGAAAGCUUCAAUGGAACAGAAGGCACUCGCGUUGCUCGCGAACGUUGAUGGGUUUGCGGUGGCCAACGAAUGGAUAAGCGCAUCCGAGCAUCUGUUAGCAGCGAUUCGCAAAAACCUUGAACCAGAGGAGCAGCCCGGCAUAAUGCCAGCGACAUGCCAACAGCUGCAGCAGAAGGCAAACGAGCUUCGAACGUACUUGAGGGUCGGAACCAUCCUUCAGCUUUCAACCGAUGGUACAGACCCCAGCAGCGACGGCGAUGGUUGGCGGAGGGUGCAAAGAUUUUCCACCGAAAAUAGGAGCACCGUACUGCAUCAGCUGCUCGAGCAGGGCGAGUAUCGGGUGUGUGCCGACUGGAUUAAGCUGCACCCGAUUGAUGCGGAAGCGGAGUUGGAAAGGUUCAUAUACGCGGUGCAUAAGGUGUCGGCAGCGUCCAGCAUAGCAAUGAUCCCAACAGAUCCGCAGGACACUGACGUGCCGAUAGUGUGGCUGUUCCGCAUCAUCGAGACAAUGCCGCUAGAGGCGGUUGUGAAGCUGUACGAAACGAUCAUGCUCAACAUUCGGAGCGUUGCCGUCGUUCGCUACAUGCUGGAAUAUUUGCAGCGCUACACCACCGCGAAACCGCUGUACCAGAAGUAUCAGCUGUCUUUGAAAAUUUUUGAACACCUGGCGCGCGAAGAGUAUGACGGACUGUGGAAUCUCGCUAGCCGACCGUUACUAAUCGUCGAGCAGUGUUUGAUGAACUCGCGCCUGGAGUUACUGGCAGCGGUGAUGCGGUCGAUCAGAGGACUGCUCGUCGCGGAUGUUUGUGCGCACUGCUACGAACACCGGGAGUACAUCCGCGAUCUGCACGAUGCCGUACAGAGUGGCCCGGAGGAUCAGCAACCGCUCACGGCGGGAUUGCGCCACUAUCCCGUCCACGAUGGACUCUUCAUCAGCCACGAAUGUGUCGACUGUUUGCUGCGCGUGUAUGCUGGCAAAGCGCUCGAGUACAAGGUGUUCCCGGACAUGCCCUCCUCCGAAGCGUACCAUGAAGAACCGGCCCAGACGCUGGGGGCAGUGAGCCGUGUGUCGAGCUACGAUUCGCUCAGCGAAAUCGAUCGACCGUUUGUAACGCCAAAGGAAAUACCUACGCGCGAUCGUUGGGUAAAGGAUGAGGAGGCCCUCCACUGUAUGUGCUGCCGGAGGACGUUUUCGAUGCUUAACCGCCGGCAUCACUGCCGCCGGUGUGGCCGUGUCGUGUGCCACGCUUGCUCGAAGAAAAAGCUACGGCUGCCAAGCUACUACGAAGAUGUGGCUGUGCGGGUGUGUGACGACUGCUGGCGCAAUCGGGCCGCGGCCCAACCGAAGGAUGCGCAGACGGAGAUGGGGACGGCGGCGCUACCGGGCGGUACCCAGUCCCGCCUGUCCGAUCAGUCCGGCGGCCAGUACGAAUGGCAGCUGACGGGCAACGAGCGGUACGAUAAUGUGAUACGCGAUGAGUACAGCUACGAGUACGCACCGUCCACGAACCAAUGUUUGGCGAUCUGCAAUUUGCACACCGCUAACGAGGAGAUGGCCAGCUUUCUGCUGUACCACUGUGCCAAGCUGGAAGCGCUGUUGCGUCCGCUCCACCCGGGCGUACCGAAUCCCGAGAUCGACUACGCCCUUGUCGCACGGAUGCUGCUCAACCUGACGCUGGGCGUAAAGGUGCGCGGUGGCGGUGCGGAGGUGGAAAAGAUGAAGGAACACGCGGAGAUCAUACUAUCGAUCGUGCACGACAACUGUGAAUCGCUGCUGCUGCACACACCCUCGAUGACGAAUCACGGCAGUUUGCGCAAGCUGCGCGAUGCGCUCGUAAAGGCGGAAAAGUGGACGCUAGCGUUGGAACUGUCGCUCAAGUGCGGAUUCUCGCUGAACGGUGUAAUGGCCGCUUGGGGAAUGGCGUGCCUGCGGGCAGGCUGCUACGAAACGGCAAGGGAAAAGUUCUCCCACUGCUUGCCGCGCGUGGCAACCGAAGCCGAGAGCGAAGCGGUGCUGCGCUUGAUCGAGCAGCCACCGUCGAUCAACGGCAGCGUCAGCAAAGUUCCGAUCGUCAAGCGGCCGACCAGAUGUCCACCGCUGCUGAACGAAAUCCUGUACGCGCUAACGUACACAGCGCGGCUCGGUACGCCCUCGGAGCGUGUUAUCGCGCGUGUCAAUGCGGCAAGGCAGGCAGCGGUGGGCAGCGGUGUCGGUGGUGGUUCGCACGAACCGGCAUUAAACAUUCUCGGCACGCUGGCGAACCUGCGCCACAUCUGUCAGGGUGAGUUCGAGGGUGAUAUACCGGGCCCGAAUGCGGAACGGCUCGCACGCACCGACAAUGCGUCCCUCCUGUGUAGCCGACUGUUUGAGGAAUCCAUGCACUACCUGCUGGCGUACGGAUCGCACCAAACCAUGGUGCAGUUCCUGAUGCGCUACCAGCAAACGGAAGUGGCCGCGCUGCGGUACAUACUGGCCCAGCGGGUCGACCCGGACGUGUUUCUGCACGCGGUGCUGCUGCCCUAUCUGCAACGUGGCGGGUUGGAAACGGUCGUACAGCGGCUGUCCGACAUCGACGAUACGUUGCUCGAGUGGCGCGAACACAUCCGGUACGCGUGUCGCUAUCUCGAGACGAACGACAUGCUGAACAGCUUGUACAGCUUGCAGCUGCUGCUGAAGGAUCCGAUCCGUGCGAGCAUGACCUGCGUGCGCUUCUACACGAUGGGCUGUCGAACGUUUGGCGAUUUGCACGCAUCCGAACAUCACCUCAAAACGAGUGUCUCGCAUCUGCAGAAUGAACUGGAACUAUGCAACUGGCAAGAGGUGCGGCUUAACAGCACCAUCGAUACGCACCAUUCGCUGCUGAUGAAGCUGGACCCGAAAGAGCUGAACAAUCACAUCAACACGAUACUGCUGCAGCUCGAUGUUACCAAAUUUUUGGCCACUUGCGAAGCGAAAGGGCGCCAAACGGUCACAUUGCUACCGAAGAUUUUUCGUGAAGCAUCCCAACUGCCAACCCUGUUUGGUUCCAGCCAUGAAAAGCUGCAGCUAGCCAUUCUCACCUUAGUCUGUGGUCAAAAUGUGGAGGAAGCCUUCGGUCUGUCCUUUCGAAUCAUCCAGGACUACAAUCUCGACGUGCAGCGUGUGUAUGCGCUGACGGCAAAGUAUUUUAUCAACCAUGGCAAAAUUGAGGACGUCAGCAAACUGCUGGACGUGAUCGUCGGGAACGAGGGCAGCACGGGCGCGAACGAACCGACGGUAGCAACGAUCUGCGACGAGAUUGUGCGCGUCGCGGUCGACGUUGCGAUCAGCCGGCACGGCACGGGCGUACAUACGAAGGUCGCACUGGAAGCGUUGAUCAACCGUGCCAGCUCCGUCGCGGUACGCAUACAUUGUUACAUCGCGUCCGGCCAGCUGAAGGCGGCUUAUUUGCUGGCGAACCGGCAUCAGCGCGCGGGUGACAUACGGAAAAUUUUGCGCCAGGCGGAACUGCUCGGCCAGAUGCAUGUGAAGCGGUUGUGCGAGGCGCGCCUAAACCAUCCGGAGAAUGCGUCAUAG